AUGGAUCGCAAAAGAAAGCGACAAAGUGGCGUCGAAUUCUGGACGGCCGCGAAGUGCCAACGACUUCUAAGGCCAAUUGCUUCUAGGGUCGCGCCAUUAAGAAGGAAUCAGUAUGCCUUAAACUCCGAAUCAUCCCAAAAAGUCCUGGAAGAAGAGUCACUGUCUGGAUCCGCGCCACAGAAUGUCUCCAAGAGGGAAGCUACACGGCACAAUAUCGAUACCACAUCAUUAGACCCUACGUGGCUACCUUCGGAUCAAAGCAACAAGACUCAGCUCAAGAGGUACUCGGCUCGUAAUCGCAUUUCUCAAACACUGCCUGGUCAGACCAACAGUCCUCAGGCAUGUUUGGUGUUGUUACCGACUCCAUUCAAGGCACGCGCGUCGCGGCGAGGGUCGCCGAUGAAGAAGGGUGUGCUCGAUCUGGACACAUCGAAUAGUCCAUGUGCUCAGCGAGCUCUGCCUCUGGCAAGAAGAGACCGUCAGCGGAAGGACCCGUUCACUCGCGCGCCGAUUGCAAAGCAGAGUAUCGAACUUCAAGGCAGACAGAAUUACGAGAGAACGUUCGAGCUACACCAAGGAGUGACAGACGGAUUCUCCCUGCUUUUGCAGAGAACAACUUCCACAGAGUCCGGUGAGCCUGCCCGGAAAGGAGUUUCAUCACUACUGAGCAUGUGUCUACGACGAGUUCCAGACUAUAUUCGAGCGGAAGAAGACUGGCGCAAAAGUAUUGAUGAAGACGAUGAUACCGAUGUCUGUGCUGAGGUCUACGAGGAACUAGAAGACCUCGGUUCGGUCCAUGGACAUGGAUGGUCAGGCCUGCGUGAAGUAGUGAUCGCUCAUGGCAUGAGUCUUGUCAACGAGAUUAUCAAGGACAAGCUUGUAGCAACGGAAACCAGGGCAGAGCUUGCGAAAAUCCCUGCCAAGUAUGGUCUACACAAAGCAUCGGAAAACCUCCUGCUUGCUUACACCCAAUCUUUGCCGCUCAAACGGCCUCUUGGUGUGGAAUCUCGCCUGUUCAAUGGAUGUUUAUCGAGCCUGACAACAAUACAACCUGCAAGCGCCAACAACGAGGUGUUUGUUCGCCUGCUUGACGCGCUGUUUUCGUCUGGUCGCUUGAAAAUGUCAUGGCUGGCAAGUCGAGACAUGGUAACUCUGUCAAGUGGCAUGAUAAGAGCGCUAGCUUCACAAACUGGGUAUUUUGACCACGUCUUGCAAUUCCUCCAAGGACGUAUAUCUCAAAUCUCAGAAGCAGAGCUGGAACCUAAACAUGUCAAGCGACAGGGACCAGAAGACAAUCCGGGCAUAUGGAUCAAACUCGACAAGUCACUGGGCAAUACUACAGUAAGCAUCAUCACUGUGCUCACGGCUAUUGUCCUGAUAGGGCGUGAUGCCCACAACUCCAACGAUAGCUCGGACAGAUGCACUGCUGCUGAAUCACUCCUUGCGCGCCUCACAGUCAUCUUACUUGCGAGAUUGGAAACACAGCAGCACGAGUUCAGCACAAGUCGCAGUCAUCAACCAAGGGCGGUCUGUUUCACCCUCCUUGCAAGCAGCCUGGUUCUAAGCAUCAAACACGAUAACAAGGGCAACAAACAGACGUCAUUAGACAAGAAGGACAUCUUGCAAGGAAUGGCUGCUCUACAUGGAAAAGGCCACCCACACCGGACCCAGACUAUAGUCGAGCGUGCUGCAUCGUUCCUGGUUGAUCUGUCUCGAUGCUGUGGACAAAGCCUACAUUCGGACAGUCAAUCCUACUUGGAGAACCUAGUCCGGUCAAUUCUAGAAGACUCUGAGCACGGUUCUGACCAUGAAACAACCUUCUUGAAGCAAUGGGCCAUGGAGAGCUCGUUGCUCACGGCGAAGAUUUAUGCAACACAACGGAGUCGAGUCUUCUUGAGUGAUGUUGAGACGACUUUGACACAACACAAGCCACUGAAUGUUCAGAGCACGAACUUUGCUUUGCAUCGUGUAGAUGCUCCUGCUGCAGAAUUAGCUUUACGAUGGGAAGAGGGGCUGUGCGAAUGGAUCGUUGCGUCUCCAUUGCGAACCAGGGAGGUCAACAAGACCACUUCCGCAGCAAGAAGAGGACGAUCUACAUCUCUUUCUAGUCGAGACAGUGAUCUGGACGACAGCGGCUAUCUCAGUGAGACCAAGGAAACACCAAAGUUCGAACGAAAGAGUAACGCUAUGUCGAACAUGCUGGCAUCACCAGAUAUGCUAGGCUUUGAUCUAGAGAUGCCAUUCUGCCUCAACUUCGACGAACAACCAGCAGCGUACGAGACUGCGACUGAGACAUGGAAGGUGUCUUCGACCAUACGAUCUCUGCAACCUUCUAAGUUCCAAAGCCGGGAUUCAGACACAGUUCAAGCUUCUACUGAGAUAUCGAAAACUGAAUCACAUGCAGUCUUGCCUGACGGAAGAUUCGAUGUAACGGAACGACCAGCGAAGAAGAGAAAGAGUCGGGCCAAGGUGGUAUCAAAGCCCAAAUCACCGCUUCUGCUUCCGACAGCAUCUCAGCUGUGUCUAGAGCUAGAGUCACAGGAAUGCGCCAAAGAGCAAGAAUUGGAUUCCUCCGCCAGCGAAAUGGACGAACUUGCUAUGAGCUGCUCUAAACCACGCCGGGGAGCACCUGUUAUCAAAAAAGCCGUGCCACGUCAGUCUUUUGUCAAGGCCGUACCUUCAAGCAAACGAAGCAGGGGUCAGGUGGUGGAUAUUAGCGAUGAUGAGCUGGGAUUUUGA